CCCGGCACGGGGUGAUGCGCACGGCACGGUCGGUGCUGCCUCCUCCCGAGCCGGGGCGUUCAAGGGACAGACGGCAGGAGGCAGGGAGGGAGGAAAAGAGGCAAGGUGGGAGGGACCCCACGGCGCCGCUCGGAGCCCGGCCCGGCCCCGGGAGCGCGACUAGCGCCUGGCACGGGAUAAAGUUAUCCCGGAAUAAGGCUGCACGCAUGUGCGUCACCCCGGAUGUGAACAUGCCGGCCCGGCUCCCCGCUAGCUCGCUCCGCCUGGCUCCAACGGAUGGGCUGAGCCGUGCCGUGCCGAGCCGUGCCGUGCCGAGCCGUGCCUGAGGCCCCGCAGCCCGGUAGGGGCUGGGGGAGGCCGGGCCGCCCGGGCGCCCUCGAGGGCCGAGGUGCGAAAGCCCCUCCCGGCGGGGCAGGGGCAGGUGCGCAGCCCGGGGCGAGCGGCGGGCGGGGCCCCGGGAGCGAUGGAUUUUCGUGGGAAGAAGUACGAGCGCGGCAGCAACUGGUCGGACCCCGAGGUGGUGGAGCUGCUGCAGCUCUGGGCCGACGAGUCGGUGCAGAUAGAGCUGGAGAGCUGCUUGCGCAACCAGCACGUCUUCAACCGCAUCGCCGAGGUGCUGCGGGAGAAGGGCAUCCACCGGACGGGAGACCAGUGCCGGGAGAAGAUCAAGAAGAUGAAGCUGGAGUACCGGCGGAUCAAGGACAAUAGCAAGGCCCCGCGGGGCGGGCGGACGUGGAAGUUCUACGAGGUGAUGGACCGGGUGCUGACCAGCCGGCCGGCCCUGGCCUAUGGCUCCCUGAGUGGCAGCAUGAUGGCUCAGCAGGUGCUGCAGGGCGGCAUGGUGGAGAGCUACCACCACCAGUUCACCUCCUCCGCCCUGCCCUUUGGACACUCCCAGCACCCUGAGCUGAUGGAAAUCAAAUGUGAGGAGGUGAAUUCUGAUGACCACAGCUUGACCCCAGAGCCCCCACAAGCCAUGUCUUACCAGCAGGGCUCCCCUGAAGAACAGGAGAUGGAGAGAGCCUUCUUGGAGAGGGCCCAAAACGACUCUCCCAUCUCCAGGGUGGAGAUUCCCAUUGAAACCAGUGUUUCACCUUCAGGUUUCAGUGAGCCAAACAUGGCAAACUCGUCACGGAUCCAGAACGUUGUUCCCCGGCCUGGCUUCUCAGCCUUGCAUCGGCUGAGAAAAAGGCGGAAAGGCCAGCGCAUGAGGGACCCACUGGAUGAUCUCCUGCUGAAGACUCUGACAUCUCAGCGGGCCAUGGAGGAGCGCUUUUUGCAGAUGGAGGAACGCCGAUUUCAGCGAGAUUUGGACGCGGAGGAGCGUCGGAUGCAACUGGAGCAGCGCCGGUUUGAACUGGAGCGGGAACACGAGUUUCGCAUGUUCAAUGUCUUUGCUCAAAUGCUCAGCAUCCUAAAGCAGAGCCAUAGUGGCUCCUCCUCCCCUGUUGCCAUGCCUCAGGGUUUGGACUUCAGCCAGGCGCUGUCCGAAAUUGAGGGAAUGGGAGGAAGAGGGAGCAACGUGCAAGAGAUGAGGGUUCGGCCGCUUGCCAAGAGGAGGGUUGACAUGCACAGUUUCUGUAACCCCAGUGGCUUCCAGAGAAGCCCCUACCUCUCUGCUCGUGGCAACUUUGCCAACGUUUUUCAGGGCUCCACUGAGGAAGGGUACAAAGCUUAUCAUGCUGACAAGUAUGAUGAAGACAAGAACCCCAAUGGUAUAAUAAACUUUGGCACCAGUGAGAACAAGCUCUGCUUUGACCUGAUGUCCAAGCGGCUGACACAGGCUGAUAUGAAUCUGAUGGACCCUUCACUGCUUCAGUACCCUGACUGGAAAGGACAUCUGUUUUUACGGGAAGAAGUGGCUCGAUUUUUGACCUAUUACUGCAAAGCCCCUGCACCUCUCAAAGCAGAGAAUGUGAUUGUUUUAAAUGGUUGUGGCUCUUUAUUUUCUGCAUUAGCUACAGUCCUUUGUGAUCCAGGGGAAGCUAUUCUGAUUGCUACUCCCUUUUAUGGUGGUAUUACCCAGAGUGUCUUCCUCUAUGGUAAUGUCAAGCUGGUGUAUGUCUAUUUAGACAGUAAGAUUACUGGAACAAGUACUCGGCCUUUUCAGCUUACAGUGGAAAAACUGGAAAAAGCCUUGCAGGAUGCCCGGGCAGAGGGUGUCACUGUAAGGGCCUUAAUUCUUCUGAAUCCCCAAAAUCCCCUUGGGGACAUCUACUCCUUGUCAGAGCUACGGGAUUACCUGGAAUUUGCUAAAAGGCAUGAAUUGCAUGUGAUAGUAGAUGAGAUCUACAUGCUGUCAGUUUUUGAUGAAUCAGCCACGUUUCACAGUGUCCUAGGCAUGGACAGAGUAGUCCCAGAUCACAGUAGUAUUACAGACUGGAUAAUGGCUUUUAUUAGAUUGCCUGAUCCACAGCGGACUCACGUGAUGUGGGGCAUAACCAAGGAUUUUGCUGUUUCUGGGAUUCGUUUUGGUACAUUAUAUACAGAGAACCAAGAUGUUGCUAAUGCAGUGGCUUCUUUGUGUUAUUUCCACGGGGUUUGUGGACCUAUCCAGCACAAGGUUGCACAACUGCUUAGAGACAGAGAUUGGAUCAACCAGGUGUACCUGAGAGCCAAUCAUGCCCGCCUAAAAGCUGCCCAUACGUAUGUGACAGAUGAGCUGAAGACACUUGGGGUUCCUUUUCUCAACCGCAAUGCAGGCUUCUUUGUCUGGAUUGAUUUCCGAAAGUACCUUAAGACAGGCACAUUUGAGGAGGAGUUGCUGCUCUGGAAGCGUUUUCUGGAUAAUAAAGUCCUCCUGUCCUGUGGAAAAGCCUUUGAGUGCAGUGAACCUGGAUGGUUCCGCAUCAUCUUUGCUGACAAGGCCCAUCGGCUGCAGUUAGGUAUGCAACGGAUACGCAAGGUUUUGGAAGAGCGUGAGCAGGAGAUACUGGCUGAGGAGAAGGAGCAGCCUUGUCAGUCAGACCAGGAUGGCAAAGCAGAUAGCACAGAUGAAGUAAUUUUUGUAUCCCGCCACCAGGACAAUACCUGUGCCAGUAGCUCCAGCCUUGGUGACCUCAUUGGCCUCCUGCAGCAACAGAUGCGUUCAUCUGACUGGCUACAGAAAAACACAGCCGAGCAAUUUGCCCAGGAAAAGCCAGAGAUCUAUGAUGUGUUCAGCAAACUGGUGGGGAAGCAAUAGGGGUCAGUGUGCCUUCAGGGGCAUUCCUGAGCAGUGACUGACCCUGGGCCCCUAACAACUCAGUAGUGACUUCCAGCAAAUAAUAUAUUUUCUGUAUAGCAAGAAAAUUACUUUGUAGGCCCCCUCCUCUCCCCCUGUUUGAGAUCUCUGAUUUGUACUAUAUAGGUGUGUUUCCUUGGAUUGGGGUGAGGGUAGGGGAGGGGGGCUGUCUUGUUUGCGUGCUGCUCUCUGUUCUGCGGCAUCAUUGUAUUUUAUAUUUAAUUUCUAAUGAAUAUGCUCUUAACUCUC